CUCUUAACCUCUUAUUCAUACAUGAAAUGGUGUACUAACCAUAAGGAAGACCAAUAACUACAGAAAAAUUUUAUUAUUGGGGGGAUCAUGCAUAUAUUAAUUAAAAAAUAGGCAGUUCUACCUAUAUAUCAUGAAUUAAACAAUUCUUCCUCAAAAUAUAUCUUUAUUUAGGCAUCUGACUUGAAAAAUAUAUAUAAACUAUGCACAUAACAUAAGAUAACGAAAAAAGGAGUGCACGUCUCAAGUAGUGCUCUUCCACCCCUGCCCCUAAUUCAGGACACCUUCACCAUCUUCCUUGUAUUAUAUACGGUGCUUCUUCUAAGGCAAAUAUGUCCAAAGAAGAAGAGUCGAAAUCGUAAAAGAUGGCUACGAUGGUGUUGAUGUUAAUUGCAGCCUCGGUUUUGAUGGGAUGCACCACUAAUCAAGCAGGAGCCACCUUGGCUCCUGGCCUCCAAGUUAUAAAUCUUGGUGGGAAAGUCUUGUGCCAGGACUGCACCAAGGGCUAUGGGGAAUGGGCCCAAGGCACCCAACCUAUCAAAGGUUGCAAGUUAUCAGUAACAUGCAUGGAUGACAGGAGCAGGAUCAUGUACUAUGGAAGUGAUGAAACCGACGAGCAAGGGCAAUUCAACAUGGUUGUAAACAAAUACAUCAAUGGCAAAGAAUUGCAACCAAAAUCAUGCUUGGUUAGGCUGGUUUCGUCCCCUCAUCCAACAUGCAACAUUCCCACCAACUUCGCUGGAGGACAAACUGGAGUGAAACUCCCCAUUAGGCCUACUGUUCUCUACCGUGAUUUGGUUCAAUAUCAACUUGGCACCUUUUUCUACACUACCCCAAGGUGUGAUAAACCAGCUGCUGGCACCGAUCAGUCCUUGGAAUGCAAUGGAAACAAUAAUUACUAAUUACUUGUUUUUGGGGAGAAUCAAACUUCCAUUCUUCCUCUCUUUGUUUUCUCAAAAUUCACUGACAUUUUUUUAAUGCAUAAAUAAUAUUUUUAAUUGAAAUUCAGGUUUAAUUUGUUACUAUUUCUGAAUCAAUAUCAGACUUUUGUU